AUGGCCACCACAACUGCUGGCUCGACCGUCGCGUCGCAGCCGACCUCUGGUAUCUCUACACCCCAAUUCCCCACGAGGUCGCGCGCCCAAAGCAUAUCGAGCGAUCGUCCUUCCACCAUCAUGAGUGCCGGCCUCAUGUCUCCCCCCCUCUCCGUCACACCCGAGGCCGCCUUCAUUGCCGCCUCGGCCGCUUCUCAGAUUGUCACCAACGACCACGACAGCUACGCAGACACAUGGUACGAUCAACAUGGCAUCGAACCUGCCGGCGAGACGGCCAUGGUCUCGGCAUCCGCCCUGCAGUUGGUGAACAGCUUCCUCGACCAGCUUCUCUUCAACUUUCUAUCAGCGUCUCGCGCAACGACACUCGCCGCAUUGAGGCCCGCCGUCUCCGAAGUACUGAAACCGAAACUGGCCAAAGAUGCCAUCAACCAGGCAGACGAGGAGCUACGGGAAUACCUCGGUGGGGCCGACGAGGAUGACUUCGUUCAGCCUCAAGGCGCGGGAUCCAAGGACUGGGACCUGGAACUCGUCUGGAGGCGGACGCGGCUCAGGUGCAUGGUGUACUCCUCACUGGGCGACAUGGAAGAGGAGGACGAAGACUAUCAUAUGGAUCAAGGAAACCUCAAGCCUGGCAUCGACGAGUGCGGUCCCGAAGUGAUCUCUCCAGCAGUCGCCAUCUUUCUAACGUCGAUUCUCGAAUACAUGGGCGAACAGGCUUUGGUCAUUGCAAGCCAAGCUGCAUAUCACCGUCUGCGCGCCAAGUUUGAAAAAGAACCCAAGAGGGGCGUGAAGAGUAUUGCCGACAUCGCCGACAGAAUCGUGGUCGAAGAGCUGGACAUGGAACGGGUCGCUCUUGAUAGGACUCUGGGCAGACUCUGGAGGGCGUGGAAGAAGAGGCUUCGUUCUCCUGCCCUGGACGCGCGCCCCUUUUCACGUGCCUCGUCCGUCCGUUACAGGCAGAGCAGCACUCCCGAGAACCGCGAGAACACGCUCCCUGAAAAGGGUCUUGGCAUCCAAGAAGCUCCGCAAGAGGAGGCCGAGAUGCAACAUCCCAAUGAUCACUCGAAGGCAUCGGCCAUCCCGCUACCGAUUGGGGAUCGCGAUAUUGACGAGAUUGAGGUGCCGGGCCUAGCCUUCCACAGUGACGACGAGGAAUCAGGUAGCGAGGAAGAGGAGCCUCUAGUGCAACGGCCCAAGAGUCUGAUGAUCUUCGCCUCACAGCCUAUCGAUGACAUAGCCACACCUACGAUGUCUCAACCUCAUACUCCGAUUGCCCCUUCCGGCCGCAAGCGCUCCAACUCGUUGCCCACCCCUUCCCCUUCGCCUUAUGCUUCGCCAGUCUUCAAACGCGCCGGGUUCGACUCGGUCCAGACUGAGCCGGCUGGUGAACAGGCGCGUUCGGGUGAGAACGAAAUCUCGACAGAGGCGAUUCCUACGGACCUGCAAUCGGCCGGCAAGUCGCAAGCCUCACCCGGAGUGCUCGCGCCGGUGCAAGAGUCAGUCGAGGUGGAGUCUCAAGCAGAGAUUGAGAAGGUCCCGGAACCCAAGCCUCGUAACCCGAAUCGACUUUCAAGAAAAUCCCUGGAGCCUAAGCCUAAGCCUAAGCCAGUUCAAGAGGAGAGUGGUGAUAUUGACGACUUCACUGAGGAACCUGAAAUCUGCACGUCUUCCAGGGUUUCGAUCGCCGGCCGCAGCUCGCCGAGCAAUUCGGAAUCCGGAAGGGCCGUUGUGGUUGAUCCCAAGAUGCUGCAGCGAACGCCCAGUGUCCACUCGGCUCGUGUUGUUGAUGUCCAUGGGCCUAGAAGCCCCGUGAUCGGAUCAAGAAAGUCGUCGGUGGAUGCGUCCGAUCGCUCGGCCGACAUUUCUCGCGCAAACAGCGGCUCCCGCGUAGCGCCCCCGAUUAUCCAAGAGGCACAGAAACCGAAGCCAGCCGAGAUUGACAUCGUCAUUCGCUCGUCCUCCUCGACCCCUCGUACCCGGUCUCCGGUCGAGAAGUUGUCUCGCAGACAGAAAACCAACGAGUCCAUCUCGGAAGUCGACGAAGAUGCCGAGGUCCGACCGAAUCUCCAGGCAGUCUCCAACUCUGUCAAACAGAAAAGUUCCUCUAGUCAUGAUCACGCCCCAUCGGUGACCAAGGUAACCAUCUUGAGCGACACUCAUACCCACGGUGUCAUUGCCGAGGACCGCAUGUCCUCGCCGCGCCAACGGUCUCAAACCACCCCGAGCGUGCCUAACAAUGGCCGGUCAGCAGCACAAGUAGCCCAUUCCCCGACAGCCAGCGUUGGGGCGGUAACAGUCGAACGGUCUAUAGCAGGUCAUGAUUCGCCCAACCACUCUCGGCAUCCUCGAACAUCCGGCUCCUCUGGCUCCUCUAGCACUGGAAAAAUCAGGGCCGUCAGAAACUCGGAGGAGAGCAAGGCCUCAUGUCGCGCCGAUAACCUCCCUCGGAACUUUGAGGAGCUCAUCCAGAGUGAUGAAACCAUCCAGUACACCCUCACUCCGGAAAGCAUGCGCCACCUUGAUGCGAACCGGGCACAGACUACGAGUCCUUCAACCGGUCACAAAUCGAGGAAGAGUGAAAAUGCUCUCACAGUUAUGAACGGGGAGCGAAAUAGGCCUGCCUCGAGCAUGGACAUGCGAAGGACUGUCUCCGUCAGCCGCGCCACAGGAUUUAGCUCGCAUCCGCCCGAGGCCAAGCACAAAGGCUUCGUCCCAAGGGCACCUCCCAGCAACACUUCGGCCCGACCCAAGACUGGUGGUCCGCAGGCGCGUGACGCCCGUGUACCCCGCGACACUGCAAUGAAUGACUUUGCCGUUUUCAUCAGGUCCACUGGCCCGGCAGCUGAGAACGGCCCCGCAGCACUACGCAACGUGAGCGCCCCUGUCGCGCCUCCAGUGAAGAUCAACGUCGAACCGAAACGUGUAUCGUCAGCGAACCGACCCCGCCUGCAGGCACGGGAUGCCGCUGUUGAUAACCGUGAAGAUAACUCUGACCUGAUUGACUUUAUACGGCGAGGGCCACCAAAUGCAAACAAUCCUCGGAUUCCCCGCACGGUCGCCCCUUUCAGAACCACCAUGGAUUCAGAUCAGAUGUCCGGCGCCGUUGGUGGCAAGGCCGUUGAUGCCAGCCUUCCUGACAUCAGAUACAGCCAAACCUCGACCACCGUUACGGAGACCACUCAGCCUUCUAUCCAGUCAUCAAUCAACUCGCAGAGUGCCCUCCUGCAGAAUCGCUCCAACGCCAAUGCCUUGGAUGAGGACGUGAUGCCUAAGCGCACCAGACGUCGCGUUCGUGACCCGUACGCCAUCGAUUUGAGCGACGAGGACGAGGAAGAUUAUGCGCAAGCAGUUCGACCUCCUCCCAAGAAGGAGGAGAGCUUGGCGGACUUUUUGAGAAACUACUCGCCACCUCCCGAGCCAGCCUCCGUUCCGCAGAACAUUCCGAAGAGAAAGGCGAGCGCUCCCAGUCUCAUGGGGCGCUUUUCCAGGAAGGACGGCAAUUCGGGACCCAACGGCGCAAAGUCGGCCAAAGUCGACAGCCGGUCUUUGAACAGUCGCGCUGGGGGUGGUCAUGGUCACAUUCCUAUCCAGAUCCAGGAUCCUGCGGCUGAAGACAAGUACUCCGCCCUUGACACCACCGGGAACCGUUCGGCCAUGCAUUCCUCGGCCGGGCGCGUGCCGAUGAAAAGGUUUGAGCCGAGAGAGGCCGUCUCGUCCACUACCAGAACCAAUGACCUUGCUACAUUCCUUCGUAGCGCCGAGCCGCCACAAACUACGCCUGCGGCGCGCCCCGGGCCAUCGGUUGAGCCACAGCAGCAGAGUAGUAGUAGCGGAUUCUCCAAGAUGUUUAGUCGCCGGAAGAAGCUGAGCUUGGCCUAG